UGAGACAUGAAAUAACCAGUAGCCAAUUGAAUAAGCUACCCUUUUGGGUUUAUAUAUUUGUAAAUCUGACACUCAAGGAGUCAGUCAGUGCGUUUACAUGCAUUCGAAUAACUGGCUUCGUCGGACUGAAAUCGAAUUAUCCGUUUCAUGUAAACACCUUUGUGCGACUAUGUACGGUCCGACUACGAUCCGAUUAACACCCCUGGGUAACUCGAUCCGAUCCGGUUGAUAAUUCGACUAUCGCGGCAUGUAACGGUGAAUUGGAUGAGAAACUGGACUUUGCGUCUUUGCGCAUGCUUGAGAUCCCGCCGCCAUCCUCCCUCCCUCCCAUGUCGUGACCCGGAAGUCGAAAGAGAGGAUAAAUUGUCACUGCCGGGAGCCUGGCUGGUGUGCGGGAUUAACUGGUUUUUGAAUUAACUGGUUUUGGUACGCGUGCAUGAGGCAGAUGUGCCGUAGGAGUGGCCUCGAGUUGCCUCUCAGGACCCGUCUCGACUAACUAGGAAAUGCACAUUUCCAUCGCUUAGCCUCUCUGUCACGUUCUUUUGAUGUAACGCUAAUGUUUUAAAGACUAAACACGGAGGACUUUGCUGUAAAAUGUGAUACCUGUUCGGGAGGCUGUAGUUGAGACGCCGAGGACACGGAGCGAGGACAAACACUCACUGGUCCAGAUUAAGCAGGAGGAAUUAUGCAGGAGCAGACACGCAGAUACAGAGGUGCAGCACCGACACCUGUCCAGUGGACUGGAGCUGGGCCUCGUGGCAGCUCUGGGGAGGAUGCUCCGACUCCUGCGGCGGCGGCGAGAGGAUGCGCGUCCGUCUGUGUAACAGUCCGCCUCGUGGGAACGGAGGUCGGCCGUGUCCGGGAGACUCCUCCCAGCUCUCCAGGUGUAACGCUCACGCCUGCCCAGGCGGCCCCCAGAGCGCACGAGGAAGCAUCGUAGGAAACAUCAACGACAUUGAGUUCGGCAUAUCCAUCCUCAACGCCACCGUCACAGACGGCCAGUCUGGUGGCAGAACCGUCACGGCCACGAUCACCAACGUACCGAGGACACUCGGUCCCGCGAUGAGAACGCUCGUCUCCAUCCUGAACCCGGUCUACUGGACCGCUGCACAGGAAGUGGGCGAGGCCGUCAACGCGCUGACGGGAAGCGUCUUCAGGCGAGAGACGCAGGUGGAGUUUGCCACAGGUGAGACCCUGAGGAUGACCCUCGCUGCGCGAGGCCUGGACUCGGACGGAGCGUUGCUGCUGGACAUCGUGGUGAACGGACACGUCCUGCAGCUGCCCUCGCACGCUGACAUCAGCAUCAAGACGGUGCAGGAGUUCAACAGCCUGGUGGCGCUGUACCGGGAGCAGCUCAUCUCCGUACCAGCCGGAAGAGAGGACCAGGCUGCGCCGCAGGAAGCGUCACAAAGGCGCCACCAACCCAACGUGUCCAUCAAAGGUCUUCAGGUCUUCAGGUCUUCAGGUCUUCAGGUCUUCGCAGACCGAGUCCAGCAGCUCUACACCAGACGGCCUUUACAGAGGGGUACCGACCUCUUCUUCACUUCCCUCGAGCGGUUCUCUGUAGAUGGGGACCUAACGGACAUGUACAUGAACAUCUGGAAGGAGGGUUUGUACGCUCAUGGAAAACCUGGAAAUGUCCUGGAAUUUUAAAAUAAUGUUAUUUUCCAGGACUAAACAAAUCUGUUGUAUUCAUAUGAUAUGAUAUGAUAUAUACCUUUAUUCGUCCCAGUGGGGACAUUUCAAAAAUCACAGCAGAGCUGAUGCCGUCUGGACCCGUGGCCUUCCUCACUUUGAUCCUCCUCAGUUCCCUUCUCACCUGGAUAAGGGACACUCUGGGGGGUGGAGAUAUGUUAAUUAACGCAGUUUGAUUUAAAAGAAUAAACAUUGAUAUCAAUGUUUAUCCUUUUAAUCAAACUAUUGUCUCAUUCAUUUCUGUCAUUUAACAAUGGGGAGCAGGGUCUAAUAAAAAUAAAAAUUAGGAUAAACACGGACGCAUGGUACAUCUAAAAGGAAAUAAUUUAAUGAAUUGUGUGUAAAAGAAAAACUAGACUAUCCACUGGAAAAAUAAACUGGAUUUUGAGUUGAAAUAUGUCCUCAUUUAAGAUGAUUAUUAAGUCAAAUGUAAUACAAAUUGUCUUUUUUACUGUCCUUUUUAUUUCUAAAAGUUUUUGUUUUAAUUUUAAAUCUCCCUACAAAAGGAAUAGACAUUGUUCCCAUGGUUUCCAUCAUUUCAGGGACUAUAAAUUAAAUACUGACAGUUUAGCGUAAGGUGAACAAUUUAUUUCAUUUUCAUUAAUUCGCUACAAAAGAAAUCAAAAGAUGUUUUCAGAUAUGUUCUUGACUCAGUCACUGUGGAGACGGAUGAUCAUUUUCUCCGUCUCGCUUCAGGAGACCAGAGGCAGGUGGGCGGCGGCGGGACUUCGUCCACGGAUGGUUCACGCCGGAUGCUUCGGGCCACACCGGUGGGCGCUGCCUGUCGUCGUAGUCCUCUACGGUCAAUCGGUCGACUGGAUCCUGGCUUGUUAAAUUAAAACACGUGCAAAGGAAUCAAUGAA